GUCUGGCUCAGCGGUGACGCCACCGCGACGUGCCCCUGCUGCAGUUUAAAGCAGAUCCGGAGACCCCGUGCAUUUGCCAACGCCCGGUGGAGACGGUCGGCUUUCGGGGGAAGGGGAUCUGCAAUACAUUGGAUCCAGUGUGAAAGUGGAGAAAAGUGACCUACAACUAUGCAGACUAUUAAAUGUGUUGUAGUUGGUGAUGGUGCUGUUGGUAAAACAUGUCUCUUGAUCUCCUAUACUACAAACAAAUUUCCAUCAGAGUAUGUUCCCACAGUAUUUGAUAACUAUGCUGUAACAGUUAUGAUUGGAGGUGAACCAUAUACUUUAGGACUCUUUGACACUGCAGGUCAGGAAGACUAUGACCGACUACGACCACUGAGUUAUCCACAGACUGAUGUAUUCCUUGUGUGCUUUUCUGUUGUGUCACCAUCUUCAUUUGAAAACGUUAAAGAAAAGUGGGUACCUGAAAUAACUCACCACUGUCCAAAGACUCCAUUCCUGCUAGUUGGGACUCAGAUUGAUCUAAGAGAUGACUCCUCAACCAUUGAAAAGCUUGCCAAAAACAAACAGAAGCCCAUCAUCCUGGAUAAUGCUGAGAAACUGGCUAAGGAUCUGAAAGCAGUCAAGUAUGUGGAAUGUUCUGCUCUGACACAAAAAGGACUAAAGAAUGUAUUUGACGAAGCGAUAUUGGCAGCCCUGGAGCCACCAGAACCCAAGAAGAAAAGACGCCCUUGUUCACUGUUAUGAGCAGUGCCUGCAGGCUGACAUGUUGAAGCAUUGUUUUAAAAAAAAUCAUCUUGCAAUAACACCCUGCACACAACCACACGUGCGAUGAUGGGAGGAAUAGAAUAGCCAAUGGUGAAUUUCCCCCUUUCUAAUGUAAUGUUUAUGUAGUCAAAAUGAAUUUUUUGUUCCUGAUUUAUUUUCCACAGGAUACUUAUCCAUAACUAGGUUUUGAUCUGCUGUUCUAAAAUUCCUUACCACAAACAUGAGACUUUGCACAGUAAUUGCUUCUGUUUAAUGAUCAACUAAUGGCUUUUCAGAUGUUGCCACACUCCCAAGUGCCACAUCCAACAACCUAGCAGCAUUGUUCUACUUUGUGUUGCCACCAAGCUAGAUAUUUAAAUUAUUCCUGGGGCCCCAUAUGCCUUGGUGAGCUGACUUUUUCAUGGGAAUAUUUUUGUCUAAUACAUCAGUUCACACACUUCCCACCAAUGGUUUACAUGGAAUUUGCAAUGUGCUCUCUCCAGAAGUAACCCAAGUUUUAGGUGGGACAAAAUCUUACUGUCAAGUCUGUGUGAAAUGUACUAGACUUGCUUUAACUUAAGUCCAAGUUACAGCACAAGAUUGUUUUUGAAACAAGCUGGGUACUAGAUCGGAAGUCUCCAGCCCCAAUUUGCCACAUGCUUGAGCCAUUAAAAGGCUAUUGAUGGACUGUUGUGCUUGGGAGUGGUGUUAGAAAUACUUGUGCAUAAGUGCAGACUGGAUUCCUGUGGGAAUAAUAAAUGCUAAGGAUCCUUUGUAGAAUUCAGUGUUAAAAUUUUACCAAAUUUUGAAUUUUCAUUUGAAGUCAUGUUUCAUUGUCCUGUAACUUUUUUGUUUAGGACAAAAGCUUUAUUUCACUGUGUUCUUUGUAUAUGCAUUUUCAAAAUAUUAAACUUGUACCUUUAAUGGCCUUAUUGCUGAGUUGUAUUGAAAUUGAUUUGCCAGUUGGCUAACUUGUCUGCUUCCUUUUUGUUAAAGCUAUACUGUACAUAGACUUAAGUAAAUUAAAAUGGCAUUGGCUUUGUCCUGCAUCUGUUCUACCUAUUGGUUAUAUUCAGUUGACAUUCCAAGCUCAUACUUGAUUGUCCAAUAGGGGCUUGGGCUUAUCAAAUGGCUAUAGCUAAAACCAGUUAUGGCAAUCAUGACUAAGCUACAUAAUCCUCCAGUUUGUGCAUUUUAAGCUACGAUCUUGAUCCAAAAGCAAAUAAUCCUUUAUGAAGGAAAAAGCACGUUCAAACUGAGGUAGACCUCCUGUGUCAGUUGACUAAUGCUGUGUAAAUUGAUUCAGAGGUGUAUAACCUUUUGUGUAAGAAGGUUCUCUGAAAUGUGAUUUUAAGGAGCACUGUGGCUUUGGGAACACUUAAAGGCAGCCAUAACAAGAGCACUUCAGAGUACCACUGAAGCAAGUAAGGACAGUGGUGAAACAUUCAGUCAUGCUUGGCAUUUGCUUAGAACAUGCUGUUUUCAUUUCUAAUGAGUGUACAUUGCCUGAAAUGGUGAAUGAAAUAAUCAUUUGUGCCAUGCAGUGUUAAAAUUUACUGCAAGUGGUGACCUCUCGGGGCUGGGCAAGGGAAUUGAUAUUUUGGCUAAUGUGCACUUUAGGUGCAGUGUAAAAUCUUAAAGGGUACUGUAUAACAUGCCAACUGUUCCUAGCAAUUUAAAUCUGAAGCUGCAAUGACCACUCUUCUGCUAGUGCUUUCAGGUGCUCCUGCAAUGCAUUUUGCUUAACAGCCCUAGUAUAUAGGAUCUGGUGCAAGCGUUAGUGUCUUUGCAUUUAAUUCUAAAGUUACACAGCAGUUUGUUUUUUCCUUUUUUUGGGUCUCUUUAAGUAUACAUUUGGAUGAAGAUCCCCAUCUCAUUUGAGGAGAAUGUUCCAUAGGCCCCUACCAGAAUGGUUUGAAAUCCAGUUGCAUUCACCUUAGGUUUUUUGUUUGACUUUCAUUACAAUGAGCACAGUAGUUAAUUGCAUGUGCUCCCAUCAGGGCAUCUUGCAUCUGAAGAUUUGGAAAAUAUUGAAUAACUAUGCUUCAACUAAUUUCCAUAAUUUUUAAGGAACUGAUCUUUGUAGCUCUCGGCUAAAUAGUCUGGACAUUCUGGCUGAGGGAUCUGUAUGGAAAUAUUGUCUUGAAGCCUAAUGGUAAUUCUAGUCUUAUGUAGCAUGUAAGUAAUGUAUUUUUCCUAUUCAAUAUUAAAGUGGUACAUUUUAAUUUUC